CGUCGAGAGGUAAACAUCAAUCGCAGAUUUUUCGCACUAGCUGUUUUGUGAUGUGUCGUGUCAGAGGUUUAUAAAUUUAAGGAAAAAUAGUUUGUUCGUUCCAUAAAAUAAGCCGCGAUGGAACCAACUGUGGACGAUUUGUUGUCUUUCAAGGAGUUCCCUCUGAUACAGGAGGGGAACUCCAACAGUGCCCAGCUGAACAUCGAUUCGCCGAAGAAGGCUUCUCCCAAUCGGGAAUCCGACAACACAUCCGAGGAUACUGAAACGCCGAAAAGUUCCUCACUCUUUACGUUCGAGUACUACCAGAGGUUUUUCGAUGUCGAUACGAUGAUGGUGGUCGACCGAAUAGCCACGUCAAUCAUUCCGAAACGCGCCCCUACGGAUUACUUGAAGCUGAACAUCGGAACCAAUCCGGAUUUGUAUGGGCCCGUUUGGAUCGUCAUCACCUUGAUUUUCUCCAUCGCGAUCUCGGGCAACAUGGCCAGCUAUCUGCAAAACGCUGGGAACCACCAAUGGCGGUACGAUUUUCAUCUGGUCUCAGUGUCGGCGACGGUUAUCAUCCUCUACACUUGCUUGGUACCAUUUGGGCUGUGGGCUCUGCUCAAGUGGAGUCUUCGGCCGGAUGAGAUGGAUUUGGAAGAGCAAUCGCCCUACACUCCGUCAUUAUUGUCACUCAUUUGCGUUUACGGUUAUUCAAUGGCCAUUUACAUUCCGGUUUCAGUUUUGUGGACCAUCCAAAUUCCCCUUUUCCAGUGGCUUCUGGUGGCCACGGGAACGUUCCUGUCCGGGUUUGCCCUGGUUUGGAUUCUGAUGCCAGCGAUCAAAACGUCGAAAUAUUCCCUCUUCAUUGCGCCCACCAUCGGGUUGAUUCAUUUCAUACUGGCUGCCGGAUUCAUGCUGACCUAUUUCCGUCCAUCGGAUACACACGAAACCCCAGCUGCCCAACUGGUGGAACAGGUGAAGGCGACGGUGGCAACCGUCGUUGCCCACAAGAAUGUUACCCAAUAGAAUAAGGGUGGUUCGAUUGGGGAAAAUUUUAUGUCUAAGCCAUUUACCUACAAGUAGAAUAAAUCUAUGCUUGCGAAAUAGCUAAAUUCAAAUAAAAACUAUAAAUUUGCCGAUUGAA